GCUCCCUGGGCCGCGCGCUCCGGCGCUCCCGAAAGCUCGCGGUUGCUCCGAAGCGGCGCGCGCGUCGGCGGUCCUCGCUGGCUCCGUUUACCUGAGGGACCCGUGGCCGCCCCCGGCCGGCGCUACAGCCCCCUUGGAGCCGGGCCCCGAGAUGUGAGUUCAUUGUUGGUGUACGGAAACACAGAUUUUUGUAUAUUGAUUUUGUAUCCUGCAACGUCACUGAACUCAUCAAAGAUUUUGAGAGGAAAUUAAUUUCUUUCAUUAAAAAAUACUUCUCAGAUAUUUCAAUCAGAGGAAGAAAUAGCUCUUCUCCUAAGAUGGAAUCUGUUGUUUGGGAAUGUGGUUGAUCAACUUGAUAUGUUGGCCAAAUGUGCCCUAUGUAAUAAAAUGAAAAGAAGAGACAAGAUGAUGUCAUUUUCCCAUAUUGUGAAACCAAAAACAAAUGCCUUUUGUGAGAUCAAGCUAACAAACCUCUGACGGUGCAGAGUAUUUAACUGUUUGAAGAACUUAACAGUAAGAUAUAGAAGAAAAACUUUCAAGCUGAGACCUGCAGGUGUAUAAAGAUCUAAAAUACAUAUUGAGUAGGCCUCAUCAUCCGAAUCUCAUUCAGAUCCAGGAAGGAUGGCUAUGAGUUGGAUUGUCUUCUACGUUUGGCCCUUGACUAUAUUUGUGGGGCAUAUAGGUGGGCACAGUUUGUUUUCUUGCGAACCUAUUACCUUGAGGAUGUGCCAAGAUUUGCCUUAUAAUACUACCUUCAUGCCUAAUCUUCUGAAUCACUAUGACCAACAGACAGCUGCUUUAGCAAUGGAGCCAUUCCACCCAAUGGUGAAUCUGGAUUGUUCUCGGGAUUUUCGGCCAUUUCUUUGUGCACUCUAUGCUCCUAUUUGUAUGGAAUAUGGACGUGUCACACUUCCCUGUCGUAGGCUGUGUCAACGGGCUUACAGUGAGUGUUCGGAGCUCAUGGAGAUGUUUGGUGUUCCUUGGCCUGAAGAUAUGGAAUGCAGUAGGUUCCCAGAUUGUGAUGAGCCAUACCCUCGACUUGUGGAUCUGAAUUUAGCUGGUGAUCCUACUGAAGGAGCUCCAGUGGCAGUGCAGAGGGACUAUGGUUUUUGGUGUCCUCGAGAAUUGAAAAUUGAUCCUGAUCUUGGUUAUUCUUUUUUACACGUGCGUGAUUGUUCACCUCCUUGUCCAAAUAUGUACUUUAGGAGAGAAGAACUUUCGUUUGCUCGAUACUUCAUAGGAUUGAUUUCAAUCAUUUGCCUCUCUGCCACGUUGUUUACUUUUUUAACUUUUUUGAUUGAUGUCACAAGAUUCCGUUAUCCUGAAAGACCUAUUAUAUUUUAUGCAGUCUGCUACAUGAUGGUAUCAUUAAUUUUCUUCAUUGGGUUUUUGCUUGAGGACCGAGUAGCCUGCAAUGCAUCUAGCCCUUCACAGUAUAAGGCUUCCACAGUGACACAAGGAUCUCAUAAUAAAGCCUGUACCAUGCUUUUUAUGGUACUGUAUUUUUUUACUAUGGCUGGCAGUGUUUGGUGGGUAAUUCUUACCAUCACAUGGUUCUUGGCAGCUGUGCCAAAGUGGGGUAGUGAAGCUAUUGAGAAGAAAGCAUUGCUAUUUCAUGCCAGUGCAUGGGGCAUCCCCGGAACUCUAACUAUCAUCCUUUUAGCGAUGAAUAAAAUUGAAGGUGACAAUAUCAGUGGCGUGUGUUUUGUUGGCCUCUACGAUGUUGAUGCAUUGAGAUAUUUUGUUCUUGCUCCCCUCUGCCUGUAUGUGGUAGUUGGAGUUUCUCUCCUCUUAGCUGGCAUUAUAUCCUUAAACAGAGUUCGAAUUGAAAUUCCAUUAGAAAAGGAGAACCAAGAUAAAUUGGUGAAGUUUAUGAUCCGGAUUGGUGUUUUCAGCAUUCUCUAUCUCGUACCACUCUUGGUUGUAAUUGGAUGCUACUUUUAUGAGCAAGCUUACCGUGGCAUCUGGGAAACAACAUGGAUACAAGAACGCUGCAGAGAAUAUCACAUUCCAUGUCCAUAUCAGGUUACUCAAAUGAGUCGUCCAGACCUGAUUCUCUUUCUGAUGAAAUACCUGAUGGCUCUCAUAGUUGGUAUUCCCUCCAUUUUUUGGGUUGGAAGCAAAAAGACAUGCUUUGAAUGGGCCAGUUUUUUUCAUGGUCGUAGGAAAAAAGAGAUAGUGAAUGAGAGCCGACAGGUACUACAGGAACCUGAUUUUGCUCAGUCUCUCCUGAGGGAUCCAAAUACUCCUAUUAUAAGAAAAUCAAGGGGAACUUCCACUCAAGGAACAUCCACACAUGCUUCUUCAACCCAGCUUGCUAUGGUGGAUGAUCAGAGAAGCAAAGCAGGGAGUGUCCACAGCAAAGUAAGCAGCUACCACGGCAGUCUCCACAGAUCCCGUGAUGGCAGGUAUACGCCCUGCAGUUACAGAGGAAUGGAAGAGAGGCUCCCUCAUGGCAGCACAUCACGACUGACCGAUCACUCCAGACACAGUAGUUCUCAUCGGCUCAAUGAACAGUCACGGCAUAGCAGCAUCAGAGAUCUCAGUAGUAAUCCUAUGACUCACAUCACACAUGGUACCAGCAUGAAUCGGGUUAUUGAAGAAGAUGGAACCAGUGCUUAAAUUGUCCUAAGAUGGAGAACUUGUGCUGUUUAAAAAGCAGAUUUUAUUCUUUGCCUUUGCAUGACUGAUUGCUGUAACUCAACCGUUACCAUGCUUUCAGUCAGGUGCAGAUUGUGUCCAUUGGGAAAGUAAAUUUUUGCUUUUUAUAUUGCAUCAACCUUAGAACAUCAAGGCAUCAAAAAUGCUAAUAAUGAUGUCAUCACAUAAAUAAUUCUUAUUUCUAGGUUAUGAAGAGAUUAUUUGUCUGGUAAGCAUUUUUAUAAGCCUACUUAUUUUAUAUUUAGAAAAAUCCUAAAUGUGUGGUGACUGCUUUGUAGCAAACUUUCAUAUGAUAUCAACUAGUUGUGAGAUAACAUUCUGGUAGUUGUAUUAAUAAAACAAAAUUUCAGAAUUAAGGAAAUUUUCUAUGCAAGGUUUAUUUCUCAGAUGAAUAGUUGGACUUUGUAGUUUUCUUUCCACUAAGUGAAAAAGAACUGUGUUUUUAAACUGUAGGAGAAUUUGAUAAAUCAGCAAGGGUAUUUUAGCUAAUAAGAUAUAACAUCAACAGAAGAAACUGAAUAGUCUAUUGAAGGCUCUUUUAAAAUUCUAUCAAAAUAAUCUUCAUCCAGAGACACACAGGAUUAGGAUUAGCAAUGGAAUAAAAACGGAGAUGGAUCUUUUUUCCCCUGUGAUUGUGCUGUCUUUAUUACUUUUGUAAAUAUUACUUUUACUGGCUGUGUUUUUAUAACUUAACCAUAUGCAUGGUGGAAAAAGUUUAAUUUGUAGCCACCUUUUUCCAUGUAGUAGUAUUGAUUCAUAGAGAACUUCAUGUUCAGAUCUGUUCCGUGGAGGCAUGUAAUAAGAUAAGCAUCACACAUUAUAAGCUUUUUUUUUGUGGGAACCACAAUUACAAAAUGGCAAAAUGUUUUCUCUACAUUCAUUGUUGUAUUUUUCUACAGUGAGAUGUGAUCUUGCCAAAGCCACCAGGCCCCUCCUAACAGUGAGUUGAUUGUCUGCAUUUGCAUUGCCCAGGAGCCACUAGACUACAGCUUUCUGCCCCCACAUUCUUAUUUUCAGAUUCUGGAUCAUUCUUUCCUUACAGUUGAAAUAUAUAUAACUUAAGUCCAAAGUGGUGAUUAAUUUGAGGUAUUUGGAAACCAUUGUAACUAAAUGAAGCAUGAUUAGUCUUGCUGUGAAGUAUCUUUUAGUCUUACCAAUAUCAAUUCAAAAAUGUUUGACAUUCUGUUGUGUAAUGUUUAAAUAAUUUACAAUAAAACCGUGAACUUUA